AGAUUUGGGUCUCCUUGUUUACUUCUGUAACAGUAUAGUAGGAAUUUCUGAGCAACCUCUGGGUCUCUUUGCUUCAAGAUGAAAAGGCUCUCCCUCCCUGUCGUUGUUCAGAUGAGCUCAGUCAUUCAGCGUACUUAAAAUCCAUGAAGCCUCCUCAAGCGUGUGACAAUCUCUCACUCAAGCUGUCUGUAAGAUGUUUGGAAAGUUUAAGACAUUUCAUUCACAUAUCUGACUUCCUAACUCGUUUGCAAGAGAUCAGGCAAGAACCUGACGGUUUAUCGAUUGCUUUGAGGAAAAGAAAGAAUAACAUUGAACAAUUCUGUUAAUUAUUAUUACUUUUGUUUUUAUUUGAUUUAAGCUUAAUCUGGUCAAAUCAAAUAAUGUCAUAUAGACUUCAAUCUCUGGAACAGUUAAAACUGCUGUUAAUCCUCUCUUCCUCUGGGGUUGCAAUUGAUGCUUAGGAAAUUAGUGAACAUCUAAUGAAAAACAAUAAAGCCUGGAAGCUGUUCUAAAAGCUAGAAGUAAAAUAUGAAAAGAGAAAAGCACUGUUAAUUUAAACUAGCUGCUCAAGAUCCAAACAUCAUAGUGAAUGAAUAACAUUGUAUUUCACAGCUUGAGUAUUUGCUUUAUUCAAUAUUUAUAUGUUGACACUUUCUUUAUUCUUAAUAAUAACAUACACCCUCUCCUAUAAAGUUACCCCUUCUUUCUGUCUUGCUUUUUUCCAAAGAGAUUUGCUGAAGAUGUUCAGAACUCGUUUUAUUAUUUUGAAGCAAUUCUUCAUCAUGAUCACUUCCUCGUGUGAAGAGUGCUCUUUAAGUUAUCAGUGAACCAGGGUGCAUGAAUAAUUUGUCAGAACCAUUUGAUACUCAUUGCCACCCACACUGUGAGCGGAGCACAGGCAGACACUCGUGGGCUGAAGUGUUCAGCAAACCUGCUGUGUCUGACUGCCGCAUCAGAAAAACAAAAAAAAUUACCUCUGAUUUGUGCUUCAGGAUGGCUUUUGCAGAUAACAUUGUGGAUAUCUGGACAAAUUAUUUUGGUCAAAACUCUCUUCUGCAGCCUUUAUGGGACAACCUGAGGCUAGACUACAGGGACUAUGUGAGAUCUCCGCUCUUCCCCAUUGUGCUGACUGUCUCUUCGUAUUUCGUCUUCUGCCUCCCUUUUCUUGUUUGUGACAUCGUGGGGGAUAGAUGGCCAUGGGUUCAACGAUUCAAGCUGCAGCCGAGCCAGCGGCCAACAGCCUCUCAAUUGCUGCACUGUGCUGGUGUCACCUUGUAUAACCAUGUGUUUCUUUUGCUCCCUGCAUCAGUGGCACAGUGGCUAUGGCGACCACCCGCGGAUCUCCCAGACCAGGCUCCUGCCCUGCUAGAGCUGAUUGUCGGAGUGAUAGGCAACCUUCUUCUCUUUGACUUCCAGUACUUUAUUUGGCACCUGCUUCAUCACAGGAUCCGAUGGCUGUAUGUCACGAUCCAUGCCAUCCAUCACAGGUAUUCCUCUCCCUUUGCUCUUGCCACUCAGUGUCUGAGUGGCUGGGAGCUUAUCACAGUGGGGUUUUGGACCACUUUAAACCCAGUGAUCCUGAAAUCUCAUCUACUCACAACGUGGUCUUUCAUGGUACUGCAUGUGUAUGUGUCGGUGGAGGAUCACUGUGGCUAUGAUUUCCCCUGGUCCACGUCCCGUCUGAUACCAUUUGGCAUCUAUGGAGGACCCAGCAAGCACGAUGUGCACCAUCAGAAACCCAGUACCAAUUUUGCACCUCAUUUUAGUCACUGGGACAAAAUAUUUGGCACACAUGCUGAUUUCAGCUUCUGUAAUGCUGUGAGAUAGAAUGCAUUUAAAAGUGGUUUGAUAAUAAGCAUGUACUCUUGUGUGGCUGUGUAUAACAUCUCAUUAAAACACAGAUGCAUGUAGUUCUAACAUAAGCAAGACGUUAUUAAAAUGCUUUAAUAAAAAUACAUUUAGUCCUUUUUUUGAAUGUGUUUCUAUUUGCAAAUGAUAUACUGAUGUAAGAAACUCCAAUAAAUGCAUGUCACCCAGCAUGUGUGGCUCAAAUGAAUCAUUAGUCUCACACUUUUUGACACUUAUUUAGACUCAAUGUAAUUUCAUGGGGUUGGAGAAUGACCAAAAUUAAGACAGAAAAAUGGAACACCUUGCUGUUUUUUGUUGUUUUGUUUUAAUCCAAAGGAAAACAAGUGUAAAAGGAGAACUGGUCCUUGAAACAUGGGCAGAGAAAGAGGCAAGACAACUUGAGGUUUAAUGGAGCAAACAAGCAGGCAGCAGAUAGAAAUGGGAGGAGCCAGCAGAGAGCAAUGAACAUCAGAAAGCUUAGGUAGUGUUGGAAAAGUGAAGAAUGACUUUGGAUCCAGGUGAGUUUAUCAGGGAAUUAUAAAAAGCACCUGAAGUAGAAUGGAUGUAGACAAACUGACUAAAUGGCUGAAGGAGCUGAAGCAAGACAGAAAGUCCCAAAUAAAGGUUUCUAUAGUUAUGUUUAUGUGUGUAGAUAGGGUAGAUAUGCAAUCUAUAUAACAUGUAUAUGCAUCUAAGUAAGCCGUACCAGUGAGGUUUUUAUGUUUAUGUAAAGUUAAUGUUAUGAGGUUAUGUCUAAGGUGUUUAUGUAAGGUAAUUGUUAAUAUAUCCAUGUACACUGUUGUGUCUAUAUGAAACAGCUAAUGUAAUGUUAAAUUUUGAUUGAAAAUCCAUGCUCUAAGGGCUAUUAUGGUCUGCCUCACAGGGAAAACUCCAACCCCAUCAUUUGAAUUUGGGAACCUAAAAUAAUAAGAGCCUGUAUGAAUACAUGGCUAAUAGAAAGCAUAACAAAAACCAAUAUAGGUUAGAGAGUUUUACAAAAAGAAGUAACACUUAAAGUAGAUACAGAAAUUAAUGACAAAAUA